AUGCCCUCCCUCCCUCCGCAGAUGAGUGAACGCCAAGAAUUCCAAGCCUCUGAGUUUGCCUACCUCCUGGAAAACUCUUCCUAUGACUACGGAGAAAAUGAGACCUACUUCUGCUGUACUUCCCCACCCUGCCCACAAGACUUCAGCCUCAACUUCGACCGCACCUUCCUGCCCGUCCUCUACAGCCUCCUCUUUGUGCUGGGGCUUCUGGGGAACGGCGUCGUGGCAGUCGUGCUGCUGAGCCAGAGGGCGGCCCUGAGCAGCACUGACACCUUUCUGCUGCACUUGGCCGUGGCCGACGCACUGCUGGUGCUGACACUCCCUCUCUGGGCAGUGGAUGCAGCCAUCCAGUGGGUCUUUGGCUCUGGCCUCUGCAAAGUGGCGGGUGCACUCUUCAACAUCAACUUCUAUGCAGGGGCCCUCCUGCUGGCCUGCAUCAGCUUCGAUCGGUACCUGAGCAUUGUGCACGCCACCCAGUUCUACCGCCGGGGCCCCCCAGCUCGCGUGGCCCUCACCUGUGUGGCAGUCUGGGGGCUCUGUCUGCUCUUUGCGCUCCCAGACUUCAUCUUCCUGUCCUCUCACCAUGACAACCGCCUCAACGCCACCCACUGCCAGUACAACUUCCCGCAGGAGGGCCGCACGGCUCUGCGCAUCCUGCAGCUGGUCGCGGGUUUCCUGCUGCCCCUGCUAGUCAUGGCCUAUUGCUACGCCCGCAUCCUGGCUGUGCUGCUGGUCUCCAGGGGCCAGCGGCGGCUCAGAGCCAUGCGGCUGGUGGUGGUGGUGGUGGUGGCCUUCGCCCUCUGCUGGACCCCCUACCACCUGGUGGUGCUGGUGGACACCCUCAUGGACCUGGGGGCCUUAGCCCGCAACUGCGGCCGGGAGAGCCGUGUGGACGUAGCCAAGUCAGUCACGUCGGGCAUGGGCUACAUGCACUGCUGCCUCAACCCGCUGCUCUACGCCUUUGUGGGUGUCAAGUUCCGAGAGCGGAUGUGGGUGCUACUCAUGCGUCUGGGCUGCCCUGACCAGAGGGGCCACCAGCGGCAGCCGUCAGCUUCCCGCCGAGAUUCAUCCUGGUCUGAGACCACAGAGGCCUCCUACUCAGGCCUGUGA